AUGGGUAGUAAGACCACCUACACUAAGAGAAUAUAACAAAGGAAAACAACAGCUCAAGAAAUUUCGAAAGUUACCCUUGCAAAUGCAACUAUUAAAUGAAGCUUUUUAACCAAGGGAAAUAAGCCAAGAGGAGUUUCUGAGAAUGAGUUCAAAUACUUGUUGGAUUUGCAAGAUAUUCAGAGCAGAAGAAAAUGGGAUCAGUUCUAAGGUGUCUUUGGAGGAAGUGCUACAAUGGUCCCGGUCUUUUGAAAAUCUAGUAACAAGCAAAUAUGGGCCUAUGAUCUACAAAACCUACUUGAAGACAGAACACAGUGAUGAAAACAUAGAAUUCUGGCUUGCCUGUGAAGCGUAUAAGAAGAUAACAUCCCAGAAGAAAAGGAUUUCCGUGGCCAGGAAGCUUUUUACAAGUUACAUCCAACCCCAGGCUCCCAAUGAGAUAAACAUUGACAGCCCUGCAAGAAAAGCAAUUAUGAGGAAUAUUCAAGAGCCAACUCAGUCCUGCUUUGAUGAAGCACAGAGAAUAAUCUACAGGCACAUAGAAAGAGAUUCCUACCCACGAUUUCUUGAAUCGCAGUUCUACCAAAAGCUCAAACAGAGUCUUCAAACUAAUGGCAACAAGUCAAUGGUAACCUAAAGACAAUGGUUGAAAAUGUAAAAAGGUUUCUUCUGGCACACGUGUUUAAGAUUUAAAGUAGACAGGAGAAAUCAGGCAGUAGAGGAGUACUAUUAUUGAACUGUUCAACUGUUCUGUUGAUGUUAGAAUUCACAAGGCACUAUCUUCCCCCCUUCCCAAGGAAGAGUUCUUGUUUUGUUUUCCUCUCCCCUCAAAAAAACCCUAAAAACUAUGGAAAACUAAGCAUU